UUUUUCCCAACUCCAAACCGGAUCGUUUUGUGCUUCCUCGUGCCAGGUGCAAAGAUGCACACGCGUAGACUAUGUAUGGUGGUGGUGUAAAUCGGCCGUCGUCAAGCGUUCGGCAUACAAAGGUGAAACUAGGUUCCGCGUCGACGGCAUCAUCGGGCGGUUCCGUGGACGAUUAUGUCCUGCCACCGAAUGUGAACGGCCGUUCCCGGGGCACGCUAACCGUCGGAUUCGGUGACUUUUCCUCGGACGACACAAACGCACCCACGACGGUGGACACCGGUCUGCGGUGGAACAGCACGAAAGUUUACGUUAGCGUCGACCUGCAGUUGGUUUGGUGGGGACAGCAGAGUACUGCCGCCGCGACUCCGAUCGCCAGCCUCCACUGGGAGCAGAGCAGUGGCAAACGAAAGCAAACCGAAACUGACCAGAUCCGGUACGAGGUACGCACGAGUGCGGAACUAUUCCGGCGGUAUCUGAAAAGCUGCGAACCUAUCCGUGUGCGGCUCAUCUCGAAGCGCACCCAGAGCCUCAUCGGGACGGCCAAGGUGCAGAUACCGGGGCAGAUAAUAAAUUUCCGUGACACGGUCGAACAAACAACGGCCCAGGCCUGCGGGGAAGUGCUUAGUGUACGCGGGUUCCGGCUGGGAGAACUGUCCCUCGAAUUUACCCUAAGCCUUAACGCAAAGGACCGCGUCGCGACAGGCGUGCCGAGCAGUUCGAAGCCUUUGCAACCAAACGACGGAAAAGAAAACAACAAAAUGUUGCGUGUCGAACAACGUCCACUUUCUGGUGUUGGUUCUUUCGGUUCUUUUCCAGUGCAGCCGAACGUCUUAAGUGUCGAAGGAAAACCCGCUCCACUUCACGAGACGUCCCAGCGACCCCUAACCGGUGGAACGAAUUCCCGCAAAAAAUUCAACACUCUCGACGGGGAAUCGAAAAAGAAAAUUCUCGACUAUCUCAUCGGCAAACCGCUCGACAACGAUGGCCGCUCGGAGCUGUCCGCGCUCAGCGACAUCCGGUCGAUUUCACCGGCGGAAAGCAUGCUCGAGGCGCUCGCCCGCUACGACGUCGCUCCAAAGCCCCAGAAGCAAACCUACCUCCAGGUGGUCGAUUGCGUUCGCGUUCUGGUGGAGAAUCUCAGACUUACCCGUGCCGGUCAGAAGGAAAUCCAGCAUCGAUCGGGCCGCGAACUGGCCCUGCCUGCGUUCGCGGUGAAAAUGAAACUUUCCCGUAAUGCCACCACGACGAAGCUCAAGUUUAUCUCCAACUCAAUCUCGUCCGACGGCGCGGACGUUUCGUUCGAAGCGCACCCUCAAACGGCGCGCCUUUCACUUGUCGGAAUGAACGACGCGGACGACGGCGAGGUGGGGUUACACUUUGAGUUCGGGAUCCACCUUAUGGUGGGAUCGUUCCACAAGACACGGUCGUUCUUCCUUGGGUCGGCCAUGGUAAGCGUACGGGAGCUGUUGGAUGGUCACUUCGCUUGCCACAAGCGUUGUCCGGUUCGGUUGGCAUCGGAUGAUAUCCUGCUCGGGUCGCUUACCGUACGGAUGGAGCUGGGAAGCCGUGGGCUGCACUUCGGUCCGGAACUGAUCGAUGCCGUGCUGGUUGACAAGGGAAACGUUACGCUGGAGAGUUCGAGCGAUAGUGACAGCUCUUCGGCCACGGUCACACCGCAUAUCAAUUUCUCGACCUAUAGGAACCCGGGUUGUACCACGCAGAGACCCCUUUGCAGUGGGUCUCACAGCGAACCGAUAGGUUGCCAUUAUCCCGGGACAUUCUUACACGGAUUGCGACAAUGUAUGUCGCACACUGGAUGCCACGGGGACAACCGGAGUCCCUCAGCAGCGACGAAGGGAGACGCAAAGGAGGGUGAAGGGAAAUCAUCGUCCAACCAACAAACGUCCUCCUCGGCCACGAGCGGUGGAACUUCGGGAACGAACGGUGCGGGACAAGAAUCAACGAACGGUGGCGACAAACCGAAAGCGAUGGAAACGGAUCAAACGCCUCCAGAUGCGCCGGAACAUCCGAAGCUACUCCACGGUUUACUCCACCUCGGGCAGUUACGCUCGAAUCACAUGGAGAUCAGGCCAGGCGAACACUUCCUGGUGUGCCACUCGUUCUGGACGGACGACCCGUCCACGCUUACCUCGGAGCUGUGUCCCGAGGGAGGUGAUUUCAACUAUCUACGCUCGUUCGCUGUCCUCCCGACCAGGAGUUUCAUCGAGCGUGUCCGCAACCAGCACAUGCAGGUGGAACUGUGGCAGAAGCCGACGGAGGGAGGCGAAAAGCUGAUCGGCGUAACGCGCCUUCCCCUGCACCAGUUCUACAUCGCGUUCCGGGACGCGCAGUUGAGCGAGCAUUUGUCGCACGCGAAACUUCCCGUCAUCUCGAUCGACGGCUGGAGCGGUGUCGGUUCCCCACUGGCCUCCGAACCGUGCGGGCAGCUACAUGCCGUGCUUGCCAUCGGUACCGAGAGUCAGAUCGAACACUUCAAACUGUCCCGCAACCUACGGCACACAUCCGGUGAUGCACCACGUUCGCGGGCGGGGAACGUUCCAUCGAUGCCGAGUUCUCCGACGAGACGGAUCUACCCACGACCCGAACACAAAUCGAUCCAAACAAUGAGCAACUCCAAUGGUGGCGGUGGUGGUGGUGGGGGUGUUUGUGGCGGAGUUGGUGGUUGUGCGAAGCCAACGCCAACCCUCGAGGUGGCCAACAUGCUGUCGGCGUUUAUCGAAAACCUUGCCCAACGGCUGCCAAUCUCCUCGGAACGUAGUACGGCUCCGGCGAGCUACGAUAAUAACAACACCAUAGUAGGCCAUUCCGCCAACAACCAUGGCGGCAGUUCUGAUGGCCCGAUGGACCCAUCGUCCGGUUUCCUACAAGGAUCACCACACUCGCAAGCGAAUCGACCGCAGCUGCGCAAAACGGCCGAUCUGCUUGAUAACCUACAAAAGGCACUCGCCCAACGACCUUCCGCGUCCGCCUUCGAUGGCAUGGGUUUCGGUGGAUGUGCCGCUUCACUACUCGGCGUCGCAAGCACUCCGGCCGAUCAAACUCCACCGGCGGCGGCCGGUGCUGGUGGGGGCCAAUCGCACGACGCUCCUACCCAGGAAGGUGCCCCACUGGCGUCUGCGAGUCAGACACAAUCCACCGCACCACCACCCGUUACGAUCGCGCCCGUGAAACUUUCCGAAUCUACUUCCAGUGGUAAAGAAUCGUCACCGGUGGCCACCGAACCGCCGGAUGAGUGUAAGGUGUUUCGUGUAGCGAUCGAGAUCGAGCAGGCGGUCAACCUGCCGAAGCUGACCAUCAGCAAGAAGUACGCCAAACGGCACAAGAACCGUAACGUGCCCGACACGCUCGAACUCGAGCCGAGUGCGUACGCCACGUUCGAGGGCUACAACCUGAAGCCGGGCCUUCCGAACACGGUAAAGUCGCACGAGGGUAUCGUCUACACGACGCACGUGCUCGAGCGGAACUGUGCCCCCGCCUGGCAGAAGCGUUUCGAGGUGGUGCUGCCCGUCGAUCUCAUGCUGAACGACGAAAAGCGGUUCAUCCUAAAGGUGUGGCGUAAGGCGGCCCUCAGCGAUGCACCAAAGUGUCGGUUGCUACCGGCUCCGAUGGAAGACGCCGUCAUCGGUUUCUGCGCCAUCGAUUUGAGCGUGCUACUCUCCGGUAUGCCGUACAUUCUCGGUUGGUACGCAAUCAUGGAUUUUUCCGGCCGAUGCAAUGGGCAGAUAAAGGUUAACAUCCAUCCCCUGGAGGACGUGCAGGUGUACAAGACGCUGGAUGAGCAGCUUAACUUCCAGAUCCCACUCUCGAUCGACGUCGAGUGUGGCGGUUCGGGUGGGCUGGCGGAUGCGUCCAAUACGUCCCUCAGCCGAGCGCUGAAGCGUAAGUUUACCGAGCUGGAGGAAAUCACCGAGCGGCUAAAGGCCCGCCUGUUCGACGUGACCGGCGACGAGUGUCUCGAUCUGGACGAUCAGUUCGAGCGCGAUCUGAACACCGAAGCGGACGAGGCGGAAGACGACGCGGAGUGGCCCGAUCCGCACGGCGACAUGUCGAACCAGAAGCGCAACAGCCAGUACCCGAACGGGGCCCUCACGCUGACCACCAACACGUCUUCGUACUCGAUGUGUGCGUCCGCCGAGCGCCGCUCGACCCAGGAGCGGAGCCUCACCGGGUGCUCUAACCGGGCACAGACGACCAAUUCCGGGUCGGGCAGUCGCAGUCAGAUGUCCUCGCAGCUACAGCUGGCGGAACUGCUGCAAACGCACGACAUAGACACGCUAAUUAAUCCGGCACUUUUGAAAAACUUACUCAAUGCUUCCACCUCCGACUCGACGCCACCGUUGGGUGAGGAUGGUGGGGAGGUCGUUGACGAUCAUGCCACCGACGCCGAUAUGAGCGAAGAAUCGUCACUUUCCUGCAAAUCAUCGCUACCGGUAGAUUCGGCCAAUGGAAAGCCAAGGGAAGUGGGCGCAACCGUGGCUUCCGGUGAUAGAGUGAAACAGAUUGCGAGCGCCCUUCAGCGGACGACUCUUUCCGAAUCGAACACCGGAACCGGUCGCCAGGCACCGGAAGGCGAACCGAUGGCGGAUAGCAACAAAUAAGGAGGCGGCACUCGAGAACCGCCGCCCAGAAGCGAUUUUAAUUGUACAAGAAGCUAUGCAUUUUCAUUUUAAACGUUUACUUAGUAAGUUUUUCGAAGCUAACAAAUAAUGCGGUUACUUAACAACCUUUUGCAUAAACAAAUCAUAACGCUACAGAACGGCACUGCCGUACCGCAAGAAUCUUUAUGCAAGCAUUCAUUCUAUUUAUCUAUUAUCAACAACGAUUUGUGUCGAGUUUGAAUAAAUCUUUAGCUAUUAUACU